AAAUAACCGAAAGAUAGCCCUGAGCUGUCUCGGGUCCCUUGAUCUAUUAUCGCAUCACAUUUUUAUCAGUUCCAUCAAAAAUUAUGAUAGUUGCUUCCUCUUCUAACACUUAAAUGAUAUUUCACCUUCUUCUUUGAUAGCUCAGUGAGUAUUCUCGGUGAAAAGUUAGAAGAGAUCUUCAGGGUCCUCGCGUCACUCUUAGACUUCAUUCUCUCACUGCCCAUCUCAACAUGGCGCUCAACGUGAAGGCUCUGCUGGCCAUGAUCUUUGUCUUUGUGGGCUGCUGCAGCAACGUCGUCUUCCUGGAGCUGAUCAUCAAAAUCGAUCCGGGCGCUGGCAACCUGAUCACAUUUCUGCAGUUCCUCUUCAUUGCCCUCGAAGGCCUGAUCUUCACAUCCAAGUUCUUCACGGUGCGGCCGAAGAUCGCCCUGCGGGACUACGUGAAGCUGGUGGUGCUGUUCUUUGGCGCGAACGUGUGCAACAACUAUGCGUUCAACUUCAAUAUACCGAUGCCAUUGCACAUGAUCUUUCGCAGCGGGUCGCUGAUGGCCAACAUGAUCAUGGGCAUUAUAUUGCUGAAGAAGCGCUACAAUCUGAGGCAGUACAGCUCCGUGGCGAUGAUCACGGCGGGCAUCAUUUUGUGCACGCUUGUGUCGAGCGGCGAUGUCAAGGACAACACGCAUCCCACUCUGAAGGUGGACACCUCCUUCUCGGACUUCUUCUGGUGGAGCGUGGGCAUUGCUCUGCUCACGAUCGCCCUGCUGGUGACAGCCUACAUGGGCAUCUACCAGGAGGUGAUCUACAAGCGCUAUGGCAAGCAUCCCAAUGAGGCGCUCUUCUUCACACACAUGCUGCCCCUGCCCGGGUUCCUCAUCAUGGCCAGCAACAUCGCCCAGCACUGGAAUAUCGCUGUGGCCUCCGAGACGGUGGCUGUCGCCCUGCCCGUGCCCGGAGUGAGCUGGUCGCUCAGCUUUCCGUUGAUGCUCUUCUAUCUGCUGUGCAACGUGGUCACCCAGUACAUCUGCAUCAGCUCCGUUUAUGUGCUGACCACGGAGUGCGCCUCCCUCACAGUUACCCUCGUGGUGACGCUGCGCAAGUUCGUCUCGCUCCUCUUCUCCAUCAUCUACUUCCGCAAUCCGUUCACAAUCUCCCACUGGCUGGGCUCCAUACUCGUCUUCCUGGGCACCGUGCUCUUCGCCGAUGUGCUCAGCCAGCUGUGGGAUGCCUACAAACUACGCAUGGAGCGACGCCACGAGGCGGUGCCAAAGACCGUCGAAUAUAGUCGGAUAUAAAGUUAAGGCAAAUACAUUUCACU